AUGAACAAGCUGCGUUAUUUCGGCAUUAGGAACUGCACUAUCCCUGAGAUAAAGAUGGGAAGUAUAUGCAACAAAAGCAAGACGGUUUCUCCUCUACACAAUCCGAAAGAGCCAUGCUUCUUGAGCCUCUCCAGCGUGAAUAUAAGUGAUUGCAGAUGCCUGAGGGAGCUGACGUUGCUGAUGUUUGCUUCAAAUCUUAAAAAACUCUACGUUGGCAAAGCAAAUCAACUAGAAGAUAUAAUAAACAAAGAGAAAUCUUGUGAAGUUGGAGAUUCAGGGGUUGUUCCUUUUGCAAAGCUGGUUUCUCUUUGGCUGGAGAGUCUACCGAAGCUAAAGAAUAUCUAUUGGAAUCCUCUACGCUUUCCAUGUCUAAAGAAGAUCUUUGUAGAAGAUUGUCCAAAUCUGAAAAGACUUCCACUGGAUUCUCAAAGUGGAAACGGACUCGUCAUAAAUUGCAGUGAGAAGAGUUGGAUUGAAGGUGUGGAAUGGGAGGACGAAGCUACAAAACUCGCUUCUUAUCUUCAUGAAAAUUGUGUAAGUACGGAUCGUAGCCACAAGGCGUACCAGGUUUAUCUUCUGAUCCAGCUUGUUGGAAGUUGA